AGAAGUUCUACUUCUUUUCAACAUCUCCACGGCCACACAGCAGCCCGACUACUAGACAAAACGGUGGAAGCACCUCCAAUCAUAUUGCCUGGAGCGGCUCUACUUUCCCCCAUAAUCAUACUAGCCGUCAGUUGUUGCAGUUGUCAUAGGCACUACAUAACUGUCGUUUCUUCUAUCGAGACGGAACUCCUGCGCCUAGGUUUUAUUUGAAUCUACUAGUAGCUGACGACCUUCAUUAUCGUUCUGAGUGUUGACCACAACUAAGUAUUUGAAGAUACUACGCCUUGUUGUACAAUUUGUUCACUGAAGAACUCGCACAUUACAUUCAAUUUUCUGCCCUCCCUGCUCUUCGCACACCUCUACUAGACCAAACUAAGUAGACCUGAUUCCGAGAAAUUAUAACUACUUGAAAAAAAUGAAGAUGCUGCUCCCCUGUACAAUUUCCUCGCGCUUUUCUUGUUCGUACCCGGCAGCUCGCCUGCGUCACGCUGUUUUCGUGGCGAUGGCCUUCGCAUGCUUUUCUCUGUCCGUCCUUGGUCCUGUUGCGCACGCACUCCAGCUUCAGGCACGACCGAGUCGGGACGGGCAGGAACCUUUCUUGCAAGUGCACGCGGCUCCUUCUGGUGCUCCCGGCGGUGGUGAAGAUGGUGGACGGGGUGUAGUAUUCUCUGCCAAAAUGUCUGUGUCAGAGUCCUGCUCGUCUGGAAACUCACUACUAUAAACUGUUUUUAGUUGGCGUUGGUCGUGAAGAGCGGUAAAGUACGCACAGGGGGUUAUAAGCAUGAAACAUUUUUUCCCGUCUGUGUCCUGCACCUGCUGGAAAAUAAGUAUUUCGAAUUACAAUUUGCGUUUUUGCACGACAGGCAUAAGGGGUAUCCUAUUAUUUUAUCAAUGACAAAGGAAGCUAAGAAAUGUAUCUAGGCAAGCGUGACGAAAUUUGCGAUCUUCCUGACCCAGACAUGCUUGCAGUGGAUAUGAUUCAGGUCCAAGCACAGACGGAAUCCCCCCGGCGGUCGCGGCUGUGCGCGCCAGUGAAGAGGCCCUCCAGGGCGGUGAACGAUGUCUCAUCUGCUUUGAUGACGGAAUUCCGGCACACCGCAUGAAGCAAAUGUGUAGAGCAGUGACAAGCGCCGGAGACCCGAAGCCACAUUUUGUAUGCGUGGAUUGUGUAUCCUGUGCAAAAGUAUCGUACUCCUCGUACUAAUUGCAAUCAUGCAUAACAAAUCUUGUUUCUUAGCAAAAUCAGCAUUACAAAUUCCAUUUUUCCUUCUGGAAAAAUUUGUGUUGCGAUUUAUACUACCUAGUGCGAUACUGUUGCAAUGCAUAUUGUGCACAGCAGUGGGUCAGGCAGUAG